AUGGCCGCUACUUCUACCACAACCGUCGCUGCUCGAGGCCAAUCCUCCAAACCCGGUGGCAAGAUACCGCCCAUUCCUCCAAACCAAACCCUUUAUGUUACCAACCUACGGUCGAAUAAAAUAAGCAAGGCAGACCUAAAGACGGCCCUCUAUAUGUUAUUUUCUACUUACGGUCCAGUGCUUGAUGUCGUCGCAUUAAAGACCAUGAAGAUGCGCGGCCAGGCACAUAUUGUCUUUCGCGACCUCCACGCCGCAACCCAAGCCAUGAGAUCCUUGGAGGGGUUCCAAUUCUUGGGCGAGCCACUGCACAUCCAAUACGCGAAGUCCAAGUCAGAUAUAAUUGCGAAGCUAGACGGCACAUACAAGCUACCAGGAUCCGCCGUUGCCAACGUCGAGAUGACCGAAGCUCAACAUAACAUAUUCAAUGCCCCGGCGCCCGGAGCAACUAGUGGGGCGUCGACAGACGCAACUUCUACCUCACUUGGCCUACCUUCGAAACCGGCCCAGACAUCGGACCAUACAAUGCCUGAUGCAAACAGCCCUGAUACCCGGGGGCAAAAGCGGCCUCGUGACGAAGAGGAGGAAGAAGACAGUGAUGAGGACGUGGCUAUGGAGGAGGACAGCGAUGACGAAUAA